GUGAAAAUAAAAGCAGAAGAGUUGUCUUUCCUGUCCUCCUGACAACACAUCAGGCAACACAACAAUCACCGUCUACACAACAAUGGAUCCUUCUGAUUAUUCAUGGACCUACAACUACAAUUAUUCAGACUUCACUUUGCCUCCGUUCGAGCCCCCAAAGAUCCAACCAGUCCAGAUUGUAUCACUGAUUUUCUACGGCCUUGUUGUUCUGCUGGGGGUUCCUGGAAACGCCCUGGUGGUUUGGGUGACGGGCUUCCGCAUGACCCGCUCGGUCACCUCACUGUGGUUCCUCAACCUGGCCCUAGCCGACCUCCUGUGUUGCCUAUCGGUUCCUCUGCUCAUGGUCCCUUUGGCCCAUGAUGAUCACUGGCACUUCGGUCCCGUGGCCUGCACCCUGGUCAAGGGGCUCUUCUACCUGGUGAUGUACUGCAGCAUCUUGCAGUUGGUUUUGAUCAGCGUGGAUCGAUUGGUUCUGGUAACCCGACCAGUGUGGUGCCAGAACAAAAGACAACCGAAAAAGGCCGUCUUUGCGUGUGUUGCCGUGUGGUGUCUGGCCCUGAUAGGCAGCAUCCCACAGUUUGUGUACACCGAGCAUUCCGAGGCGGGUGAGGAGAAGCGGGAGUGUAAGACGAAGGCUGGUGUGACGACCAGCUGGAUUCUCACCUGCUACCGUUUCAUUAUGGGCUUCAUCCUCCCCUUCAUGGUCAUCGUCAUCUGUCACAUCGUAGUGUACAAAAAAGCAGACGGAGGAAUGAACCGCGGUCGUGGAAGUCGUUCCAAGCGAACCCUUCGGGUCAUCAUCGCUGUGGUGCUGACCUUCUUCCUCUGCUGGUUCCCUCUGCACAUCGUGGACUUCCUGUAUUUGACGACUCCUCGAGAUUCCCCUCAGCAUCCGAAUGUUUACAAAGCUGAGAUCCUAACGGUGUGUUUGGCUUAUUGUAACAGCUGCCUCAACCCACUUCUCUAUGUGUGUCUGGGUCGGGAUUUCAAGAGCAGCGUGACCCGCUCCCUGCGUAGUAUGUUCCACUUCAUCAACGAAGAGACACUCGUGCGACAGAGCAUUGGUUCUACUGAAACCAAGGUCACAGGCUCCAGCAAGGAAAUGACAAAAGUCUGAUGGAGGUUCAGUUCUGAUCCAUCCCAUUGAUUGGUCAGUUGUCUGUGCAGGAAUUUUUUAUUUUUAAAAAUUAGUUUUACAGAGGGGUUUAGAUACUUAAAACAAUGUUUCUAUCAAAAAUAAGUGGGAAAUAAGUUUAUUAUAGUGACUGAAAUAUCAGGGCUAGAAAUACUGAGGGGUCAAAAAGUAAAAAGUCCCUGCAAAAAAUAAACAGGAGAAGGAUAUCUAUAGAAUCUCCAGACUGUAACUGUGUGAGGAAUGGAAAAGAUGAAAUGGAAAAUAGGGAGGGGGCAGAGAGAGAGAGAGCGAGAGAGAGAGAACAAUGUUUGGUGGUUUUUUUUUUAUGUAUAUCUGUGGUGAUUUACCCACAAAUGAAGCAGCUUUUGAAUUUGUCCCACAGCUUAAAAACAGCUCAAAAACUGCCCACUCUGAGUUUAACUGAAGGAGCCGAAUCUCAGUCUUUCAAAGUUUGAAAUAUUAAUAUUUUUGUAUAAUAAAUAAUAAAGAAAAAAACUUACGGAUUAUCUCAGUUGUCUUGACAAUGAGGGGUAUAAAAUAUACAAUAUAAAAAUAUAUUUCUAUGUGUAAUGUGUAAAUGUGAAUGUUUGCUAAUUCAAGUGUAUCAUUCUUUUACGAUUUCAAUACAAAGAGUUUUAAGGAGAUAAAAGUGUUAAUAAAACCAGAAGUAUCCGUUUGUUCACUUGA